AUGGCUGCACGCUUUAGCGAAAAGCCCCCAAUCCCUCAUGCAGGUAGACCCCUGCCAAAAUCUCGCCGAAAGGCUAGCCGUAGUGGAUGUCUCCCACCCGGACCUACAUCCGACCUGACGACGGAGCUGAAAGCCCGCGUGGUAUUCGAACUAGAGCACUCGCUUCGCAUCGUCCCGAGUGACCAACGUCGCCAGCUGUACCCACUCUACGAUGCCAUUGGGUUGUAUUCACGAAACACAAAGCACGUUGCUGAACACCGCUUCUAUCGGCCCACCCUUAACGGGAGCCAAAACACCAUCUUUAGGCGUUUUUGA